AUGGAGGGUAAUAAUUCCAACACUCCUUUCUAUAGCCAUGGAAAUAACUCUACAUCAUCGACAUUACAAUUUACAACGGGAACGAAUACUACUUCGCAGAUAUCGAGUGUAGGAUUUAAUAAUCUAAAAAAAGUUGGUACCAACUCCUCGCAAGCAUCUACGUCUAGUACUAUAACGAAUAGAAACAAUCCAAUAACAAGGCUAUUCACCAAGAAUAGAUCAAACUCCACAGUCAAUCCACAAGUAAUACAAUUUGAUGAUGGAAUGAAUGACCAUAAUAAUAGUGAUGAAGACGAUACUUCGACGGCAUCAACGACCGACCCCAGGAAACCUUCGGGGAGUGGAAUGUUUAAAUUUUCAAAGAAGAAUAAGCUUAAGUUUUCUAGCAAGAAUGGCGCAAGCAAACCUGACUUAACAAUUCAAACGGGAGGACACCUCGGUUUAAGGGUACCGAAGAAGAUCUUGAGUUCUUCUCUGUUGGACGAUUCCUCGAGCCCCACCGGACAUGGGUUAAAGGUACCCAAGAAGAUUUUAAAUCCUUCCCAUAUGGAUGAGUCGCCGAAUAUGAAUAGCAAAAGAAAGAACUCCGUUACUUCACCUGCAUCUACGUUUCACAAUUUCUUUCAUCGGUCACAUAAUAAUUCACAACCAAGUAAAGAUUUGCAACAUGUAAUAUCUAAGGAUGAUUUGAUAUCUCUGCAGCAAACUAUAAAUAACAAUCCAAAUAGAACUGCGAUGAGUCUUUCGUCGAAUAACUCAAACUCCUUCAUUACAGAUAUAAACUUCGCUUUGGUUUAUAAUUUCACCGAUCCAGAUUAUUCGGUGGAAGAGUAUGUGAAUUCAAAUGAACAUACUUCAUUCCUUGAUAUUCAUAAAAAGUUGAUGGUGCCUACUGACCAAUAUUUGCUGAAUAAGUUGCAUAAAUACCAAACACAAGAGGUUGGAUUAGGAAUAAUAAGUGAUACAGAUGGUGAUAGUGAAUACUUGAGCAAAUAUUUACUCGAUUUCGGUAAGAAUAAUGUUGCAUUCUUCAACAAUCUUAUAAGUAUAAUGAAGCCAUUAUUUCAGCCAUCACAGCAGAAAAGAUUGAGUAAUAAGAUCUUUCAUCCAUACUUAGGAAUGACUUUAGAAGAUGUUUCUAAUUAUAUCAAGGAUAAUUAUUUGGGCGAAUCCUCGAAUACCCCUUCAACUGAAUCGCAUUUUCUAGAGAGGACUCCUGGGAGCAAAUUAUCAAAAUCAAAAUCCAAGACAAAGUUCUACACCUCGAGUUCUACCAGUACUUUGUCGUUAGGUGAGAACUUCAACGAUAUUUUGGACGAUUUCAAAAUUAGAGAAAUAUCUCAAGACUUGCUAACAUUUUUUAUCAAGUGUAUGAUCACCUUUGAUAAAGACUUUACGAUUUAUGAAAGUAAGACAAAAAACAGAAUCCCUGUGCAAAAGGCUAAAAAUAAUCCGAGUCCACUAUCAAUUGCAUCCAUUAGCGAAUGGAACAGGAUUGGUGAGCAAUGGUCAUAUUUCAACGAAAGAAUUCGAUACUAUGUUAUGGGUAUAUUUCAUCCCCUUCAAAAGUAUUUACAUGAUAUUGCAAUACAAAAAUUCAAUAAUGACCCCAAAAGCGUUGUUGAGGUGGAAAUUGAGAAUAUUUUCCUUUUGGCAUUCAGAGACGUAAUUAUUAUUCCAUUUUUGAUACUGAGAAAUCAAGAAUACCAUCGCCUACCUUCAUCAAGUCAAAAAGUUAUAUCCGAGGCAAACAAUAUUGAUUCCCCUUCACCAAUACCAUCUUAUACAUUCCUGUUAGAAACAGUUGAUGACACGGAAGAAAUCCUUAAGUUACAAGAGGAACAGACAUUAAAAGCAAAUACAAAGUUACUAAAAAACCUAGUUAACUGUUUUGGUGUGUUACUUGCCCACACUCAUGAUGAAAUAGGAAACGCUGAUGGAGAACAACACAUUAGGAACAAUAUCUUCUCGGAAACUUUCACCUGGCUAUCAAAGUUAACGUAG